UAACUCUGCUAGACACCAGCACUGCACAAGGAGAACUGGGCUGGCUAUUGGACCCACCAGAGACUGGGUGGAGUGAAGUGCAACAGAUGCUGAAUGGAACGCCAAUGUACAUGUACCAGGACUGUCCGGUGCUGGCUGGGGGUGACACAGACCACUGGCUUCGCUCCAAUUGGAUCUACCGGGGGGAGGCAGCUUCUCGAGUUCAUGUCGAGCUUCAGUUUACUGUUCGAGACUGCAAGAGUUUCCCGGGAGGGUCAGGACCACAGGGCUGCAAGGAGACAUUCAACCUCUUCUACAUGGAAAGUGAUCAUGAUGUGGGCAUCCAGCUUCGCCGACCCCUCUUCCAUAAGGUGACGACAGUGGCUGCAGACCAGAGUUUUACCAUUCGGGACCUGGCAACUGGUGCCGUGCGGCUAAAUGUGGAGCGAUGCCUGCUGGGCCGCCUGACUCGCCGUGGCCUUUACCUUGCUUUUCACAACCCUGGAGCUUGUGUGGCCCUGGUGGCUGUUCGUGUAUUCUACCAGCGUUGUGCUGAGAUUGUGCAUAAGCUAGCACACUUCCCGGACACCCUUCCGAAGCCCAUGGGUUUGGUCGAAGUGGCAGGGACCUGCCUGCCUCAUGCCCAGUAUGCCCCUGGCCCUUCAGCUGCCCCUCGAAUGCACUGUAGCGCUGAUGGAGAAUGGCUGGUACCUGUGGGUAGAUGUUACUGCAACCCAGGCUAUCAGGAGGUCGAGGAGGAGAAUGGUGUUGAACAAUGUGCUG